AUGGCGCCUCCUCUACUCACGGCACAAGAUUGCGAAGGAGCGGUACAUCUCAUUGUUGGAUCAAACCCUUUGGCAAGUGCCAGAUGCGGUAAAAGCAUCGAAGCUGGCGCCAAGCCGAAGAUUGUUGCUCCCACAAAUUCAGAGGUCCAUUACGUCCUAGCAAAAUUGAUCGAGGAUGGUCAGGUCCAAUGGAUCAAGAAGAGCUUUGAGGAUGGAGAUCUUACAUCCCAGGGCAGAGAAGAGGUGGACUAUGUGGUUGAUGCUGUUUUGGUGACAUCAAGCAGCAACACCGCACGGAAUACGCAUAUAUCCCAACUGUGUAGGAGGAAGCGCAUCCCGGUCAAUGUGAUUGAUGCACCCAAUCUUUGCACGUUUACCCUCCUCUCGACACACUCAGAUGGACCGCUACAAAUUGGCAUUACAACGUCUGGAAAAGGAUGUAAGCUUGCUUCACGUAUUCGCCGAGAAGUAGCGGCUUUGUUACCGCCCAGGCUCGGUGAGGCUGUGGAACGGCUCGGAGUGAUGAGGAGGAGGAUAUGGGAGGAAGAUCACAAGACGUAUCAAUAUGGAGGCAUCGCACAAGAAGCGGAAGAUGAUGACGCACCAUCUCAGAGGCCAGCGUUCAAUCGUCUGGUCUCAGAAGACGAUGUGGGAGCGGCGAAGACAAGAAGAUUGCGGUGGCUUUCACAAAUCUGUGAAUAUUGGCCGCUUAGACGCUUAGCCUCCAUUACAGAUGAUGACAUAGAGGCCGUCCUACAAUCCUACUCUUCCUCGACUCAGCAAUUGCAGCAGCCCUUCGACGGCGCAAGCCUAAACAAUGGCAUCCGCGCAAAACCUCAAAUCAUACUUGCGGGAUCUGGACCUGGCUCGCCUGCACUACUCACCAUGGCGACCCAUCGGUCGAUUCAAAAUGCCUCAUUGAUCCUAGCCGACAAGCUUGUACCGGCACCCGUGCUCGACCUAAUACCUCGGCGAACACCUGUCCAUAUCGCCCGUAAAUUCCCCGGCAACGCGGACGCCGCCCAAGAAGAGUUCCUGCAAUUAGGACUAGAAGCCUUAAAGAAGGGCCAUACCGUACUCCGCCUCAAACAAGGCGAUCCCUAUGUCUAUGGGCGGGGCGCAGAGGAAUUUGCAUUCUUCAGAUCGCACGGCUUUACCCCUGUCGUGCUUCCUGGAAUCACGAGCUCUCUCUCAGCACCAUUGUUCGCAGCGAUACCUCCAACACAUCGAAGUGUUGCCGAUCAAGUCUUGAUAUGUACUGGUACAGGCAGAAAAGGCGCUGCGCCAGAACCCCCACCUUACAUCCCAACGCAGACUGUGGUAUUCCUGAUGGCCUUACACAGACUGACCUCGCUUAUUGAUGCCUUGACGGGAGCUGUGUCGACUUCUGAUCCGAGCGAAAAGACAAGAGAGCCGAAACAUUGGCCUCAAGAAGUACCAUGUGCGGUGAUUGAGAGAGCAUCUUGCCCCGAUCAACGAGUCAUCAGGAGCACCUUGCAACAUGUGUGUGCUGCAAUCGAGGAAGAGGGAAGUCGGCCACCGGGUCUUCUAGUCGUUGGUUGGAGCUGCCAGGUACUUAUGGACUUGAAUGGGAAGGGGCGAUGGAUCACCGAAGAAGGUUUUGCUGGCCUUGACGAUAUUGGAGGUCAUCCAGACCUUGUUUAG